AGCAUCUAAUUUAGUCUUUGUAACAUGCUAGCAAAAUUUGCAAACUUUACCCCCUUAAAUAAGCAAAGUAGAUACCCUUCAGGCAUCCACUCUCUUGUAGAUGCAUAUAUGGUAGCCAUCUGUAAAACAAAGCACAAUGGCGGUAUGAAACAUAAUUAUUCCUCACACACAUACAAACAGGAUGAUCGAUUUGGAGUCGGGGCAAUGCGAAUGGGUCAAUUUGGAGUUGGGGCAAGGCGAAGGGGUCGAUUUGGGCAAACUGAGGGAACCUUAUGUGGCAGCCUUGAAUGGAGACUGGGACGCCUUGAAGAGUUUCUUCACCAAAAAAGAAAAUCGCCAGCUCUUGUUUGCCAGUAUGACUAUCGAUUCGGACACUGCACUUCAUAUUGCAGCAUACAGCGGAAAUAAAAAUGUGCUUCAACAUUUGGUUGGUCUCCUACCGCCCGAAAGGGUACACGAGGCCUUGUCCAGGAAAAACGAUCACGGUAACAAUACUUUUCACGAGGUGGCCACCACCGACAAUGUUGAAGCAGCAAAACUCUUGGUUGAUGAACUCAAUGACGCUGAAGUGCACCAGAUACUCAAAGCUGAAAACCAGCUAGGUGAAACCCCGGUAUAUAGGGCCGCUGCCCAUGGUCAUACAAAAAUGGCCAAAUUUCUGCUUGAAAAUUGUGACCGCAUAGAUCUGCACAUUCAAAGAAGUAGUGACAGCGUGUCCAUUCUCCAUGUUGCUGUCAUAGGCCAACACUUUGACACCGCAAUAUGGUUAUUAGGAAAGGACAAGACACUUGCAACAAGAGAGGCAACAAUAAGAGAGGGAGAAAGUGGCCAGACGUGUCUUCAACUGCUAGCAAAAAUGCCAACUGCUUUCCGUAGUACAUCCCCCUUGGGCACACUGGAGAGAUUCGUCUACGUUUGCCUUCCUGGCUAUGUCGAUGACGUUGAUGAUGGAGCUCAGACACUAUCAAGUCAAAUGGAAGAUUCAGUGAGCGGCCAGAGUAUCCAAUCAAAAAAUCUUUCUUCAAGAGAUUCUCAGAUUCACAGUUCAUGUUCUCAACUUCAUCUUAGGUUCUCCUUCCGUGACUUCACUGUUGAACUCAGUGAGUUUGACGUGAGGUAUCGACCAAGUGAAGCAAUAAAGGCCCAGGCGCUUGUGGACUUCAUUGUAGAGUUUACUCCGGCACAUGACCAGCAGAAUGAAAACAAAAGGGCAAGAGAAUGGAUCAUCCAUGUGGAUGGUUCAUCUAUCCAACAUGUAGGAGGAGUUGAAGUAAUCUUACAGUCACCCAAGGGAGAUCUUCUAGAAUAUGCAUUCCGUCUACAGUUCCAGACAACCAACAAUGAAGCUGAGUAUAAAGCCCUCAUCAUAGGCUUGGAUUUGGCUAAGGUAUUAGAAGCCGAACCAGUAGUCGUCCAAGGAGAUUCACAGUUUAUCAUAGGACUAGUGAAUGGAACGUGCAAAGCCAAGGAGGAGUGA